UAAGUGACGCAUGCGUGGAGGAUAUGCGCUUUGCAGCAAAGUCCUCCUUUACUCCACACACGCUUCUAAGCCUCGCUACUAACUACACUUUAUUCAUCCUCCGUGUCAGGAUAAACUCCACUCGUCUCACUCAACUUUGGACAUUAUUAGGCCCGCUUAGCUUGCUACUUGUUUUAGCGCGCUAGUUAGCUUAGCAUGCUAGUUAGCUUAGCAUGCUAGUUAGCGUAGCUUGUUAGCUGCUAACAUAGAGACGCGGAUUUGAUCAACACAUCGCUUAGUUAAGAUCAAGUGUGAGUGUAGAGUGUUGUGAUUGUGUGAAAAUGUGUGAAAGAACGAUAGCAGAGUACGAAGAGGAACUUUCUCGAACCAAAGAAGAGAACAAGAGACUACGUCAACUACUGGACGCUGUUUUCAAGAAACAUCAAGUUGUGUUCCACAGAACAGACGUCCAGCAGCCCCUUCACAUUAAAAAGGAAGAGGAGGAUCCACAGCCCACCCACAUUAAAAAGGAAGAGGAGGAUCCACAGCCCACCCACAUUAAAGAGGAAGAGGAUGAUCCACAGCCCACCAACAUUAAAGAGGAAGACAAGGAUCCACAGCCCACCCACAUCAAAGAGGAGGAGGAGGAUACACAGCCCCCCCACAUGAAAGAGGAGGGCGAGUGUGUUGUAGGGCAGGAGGAGGAUGAUGUCAGCAAGUUUCCACUGACUGUUGUCUCUGUGAAGACUGAAGAGCAUGAAGACAAAGCACCUGAGUCCUCACAGCUUCAUCACAGUCCAAACGUCCAGCGGGUGUCAGCGGGGAGUCAUGAAGAGGAGUGGCACACCAGUGUGGGACAGAAGGAGCUACAGGCCCCCUCCCACAUUAAAGAGGAGCAGCUUCAUGAUGAAGAUGAAGCUCAGUCCUUACAGCUUCAUCACAGUCAAAGUGAGGAGAACAGAGGGGCGGAGCUUGUAAGUCAACACAUCACAGAAGCUGAUGGAGAGCAUUGUGAAGAUAUAAAGUCAGAACCAGACAGCAUCUUUGCUCCACUGUCAGACAUGGACCACAUGAUGUCACACUCUUCUGAUCACAGUGACCACAUCCAAAAACCUUUGCAGAGUAAAAAUGACUCUAAAGGUGAUACGAGACAUCACACUAACAACAAACACUUUGACUGCUCUCAAUGUGGGAAAUCAUUUAGACGGAAGAGUGAUUUUACAGUACACAUGAGAAUACAUACUGGAGAGAAACCUUUUGUUUGCUCUGUUUGUAAGAAGAGUUUCUCCAGAAAGGAACGCAUGACCACACACAUGAGAACACACACCGGAGAGAAACCUUUUUCUUGCUCAGCUUGUGCUAAAAGAUUCAACAUUAAGAAGGAAUCUAUAUUGCACAUGAGAACACACACAGGUGAGAAACCUUUUACUUGCUCUGUUUGUAAGAAGAGUUUCUUUUGUAAGCAAAGCAUGACCAGACACAUGAGAACGCACACUGGAGAGAAACCUUUUACUUGCUCAGCUUGUGCUAAAAGAUUCAACACUAAUGAGGAAAUUAUAUUGCACAUGAGAACACACACAGGUGAGAAACCUUUUAAUUGCUCUGUUUGUAAGAAGGGUUUCUCCAGAAAGCAGAGCAUGACCACACACAUGAGAACACACACUGCUGAGAAACCUUUUGCUUGCUCAGCUUGUGCCAAACGAUUCAACUCUAAGGAUGGCAUGAUAUCACACAUGAGAACACACACUGGAGAGAAACCAUUUAGUUGCACUGUGUGUGAUAAGAUGUUCACGUUUAAGAAUCAGGUCAGUAGACACAAGUGUGUAACAGUCAUGGAAGCUGCAGGGAUUUAAAAACACUUAAACAGUGAUUGUGCUAAAUGUAGUUUAAAAACACAGCAUGUUUAAUAAGAAUGUAUAUUUGAUGUUGUAUGUAGUGCUUCUCAUCUUCUAGUCUUAUAUGUUGUCCUGUAAUUACUUUUUAAGUUGUGUGCAUGUAUUGAAUAUUAUAUAUGUAGCUACUAUUUUAUUAUAUUUUCUCAUUGUUAAAGAGAGGACUUCUAAUUUUUUUUAUUUGUUUUUUUUUCCCAGAAAUGUUUUUGAUUGCAUUUUAUUGAUGUUAUUAUCCAAUUAAAA